AUGGAAUCCGGAACCAUCGUCGUCCGCCAAUCGCCCGCCGCCGUCGCCACCGUACCGAGAGCAUUUCUUAAUGAACGUUCUUCCUCGAUGACAAUUCUUCCGUCGCAAGGAAAGUCGCAUCAAAAUCCUCCCAGAAUGUCACAACUGGAAACUCUAGAAGCAAAGAUGGCUAAUAUCGAGGUUUCACUGUGUUCCGGCACGCCGAGGCGCCGGAAAGGAACAUCCCUUGGAGGCUCACUGUCCGCUCGCUCCUCACCCCGACCGGAUUCGGCUCCGGCACGGGAACUGCGAACUGCACUUCAGGACCGGGAAGCGGUCAUACAAAGCUUGAGAUUACAGCUCGGGCUGGGAAAAUUGCCCCGACCGACCGGGCCGCCGCUUGACGAUACGGAACGUCCGGUGGCCGAGCAGCGGCUGGCGAAGUUGAAAUCCGACGCCGAAACGAAACGGCAAGUGAUAAGAAACCUAAAAACGGCCCUCGAGAAACUGGACGUUACGGACAACAUCGAUGUGCGGAUACGCCAGGCCGAGCUGGAGUAUGCCCUCGGGCGGGAGGAGCUGCAGCUGCUUUCGCUGGUCGAGGAGGCUCGGGCGCUGCAGGGACGGCUAGAUAAACCAAAGCAAGAACCAAACACACUGUACGGACUGCUGCAGUCGGGCGCGAACCUGAUGCUGCUGGGCGUGCGCGCAUCGACCGGUCGCUGGAACGCGAGCACGCGCAACGAGCAGCCCGGCUUCUGGGUCGACUGGGUGCUCGAGGGCGAGGGUCUGCAGCGGGGUGAUCGGAUCAUCGAGAUCAACGGGAAGGCGAUAGGCGGAAGGAACCGGGAGGAGAUGGUGCGAGCCAUCGGGUCACACUCGAAGUCGGAGAUCGUGAUAGCCCGGAUGAAGAAGCCUACCAACGGGCUGUCGGUCUUGCCACAGAGUCAGCUACAGCAGUCCCAGGCGGAUAACGUACGUCUGCAGCACCGGAUCUCGUACCUCGAGGACCAGGUGAAGGAGCUGCUCGGUUCGAAGGAACUGCACGCUUCCGUCGCUCGUUCUGGCGUCGCAGUUAACGGUACCGGUGGUGCGCAUAUAACGUCCAUUAGCAUCACGUCGCCACCGUCGACUCCACCGGAAGGGAAGACUCCGCAGCCACCUUCGGCCCAGCAUAUCUACAACUACAUCGACGAGAGAGGCUCCUCGCGCAACGGAAGCCCGGCUCACGUGACCACGACCACCAUCAUCAAGGAGUGCGAUCGCAUCAACGGCGAACUGACGAACGGCGGAGCUGACGUGAUGAAGUACAACCUUCGGAAUUCUCUUUCGUCAUCCAAAAUCAGCAUCAACGGCAAUGCAGGCGAGUCACUGGCCGCCCAGUACUACAGUCGCAAGGAGCGAGACAAGCGGGAGCGCGAAAAUCGCCGGCAGGAUCGCGAGCGCUACCUGCAGCAGUUCGGGGCGAAGCUGCAGCGCAGCACCACCGACCUCGAGAGCGACUCCGAACGCGGUCGGUUGCAGCACAGCCACAGUCGUAGUCACGCGCGCAGCGUCGAGUAUCUGAACGGGGAACGGAAGCGGCUGGUAACGGUACCGGGGGUGCUCGAUUCCGCGGCCACGACGGGCCGUCGAGGGGACGCGCAUCGGACGGUGAAAAGCUUGGACUUCGAGUCGGACACCAACGAGCAAUACGCGUCGGAACCGUCCGGUCCUAAACUGGGCACUGGCGGACGGCCGGCGCCUCCAAAGAAACCGCUGCGUCUAUCGUUGCAGCGGGCGCAGAGCCUGCAGACGGUUGAUGGGAUUGUGCUGGAAGCGAUGGGCGCCAGCAACGGCCACGAUCGGAAGCGGGCCAUGAAGCGAUCUCACAAGAGCGGAACCAAAGCGGUCGAUCCGGGUGCACCGGUCAAUGCACAGUACAUCGAGAACAGUGCGCCAAUGCAGACGGCGUCGCUGGGACGGCACAAGUAUAUUUAGCAGUCUGGAGUGAACCUACGUGUUAUGAUGUUUUACUGA